AUGCCUGAGCAUUCAGGAACAAGAAUAAUUCGAACACCUACAAUAUGGGAACGAAUUAAAAGUUGGCCAUUGGAUCGUAUUAUUCAACUUGAGGAAGACAUUAAUAUGAAAGAUUGGGAUGAAUGGAGUCAAGCUUCUAGCUGGUUUGUAGCCAUCGUAUUGAAUUGCCUAUCUAUUGUAUUACGAAUUGGUCAUUGGUUUGAUGGACAAGAAUAUGAUCCCAUACUUAACCCAGUUCAUAGUUCUUUAGAAAUUUGGGAUCGACCGAAAAGUAAUAAUGUUCAAAUGCAAGAAGUGGGUGAACCUGUUCCAGUAUGGGCUGAAAGUUUUCCCGGUAAUUUUUUUUAUCCAUUGUUACAAGCUAUCUUUGAACAUCCCGGAUUUGAUCCUAACAGUGAAUGUGUUUGGGUGAUAACGAUGUGGAGUCCUUCUAGUUUUUGUUUGGACCUUUUUUGUUACUAUUCACCGGCUCAAGUUUUGAUUCUUCAUUAUUUGAAUGGAGAAAACUUUUUUUAUCUUUCGUUUGCGGCAAUCACCAUUGGAGUUCAGUUGAAGAUCCUCGUUAAAUUAUAUCAAUCUCUUAUCAAAGAUAAACAAAUAAUAUUCAACGAGGUGUAUAACGAAUAUACGGAGAAAUUUGUCAACCCGAAUUGUUUCGUUCACAAAUAUGAAGUUGGGAUACAAACUGAUGUAGACAAGACAUGGGAUAAGAUUAAUAUUAAUGCUAAUAAUAAUAAUACUAAGCAGAAACAAAAGGGUAAAAAAGAGUAA